CGGGUCUCAAUACUCAUCUCGACGCCACCAUGAGUUCUUGUGACGCGAGGAACGCCACGCCGCUCUCCAACUCACGCUUGCCAUAGAUAUCAUGGCUGCCGCCUCUCCGACGGAGUUCCCGUCCCCGCCCUCCUGAUGGCCUCCACCGUUCCUGCGCCGCUCCUCUUCGGCCUUAGAGUGAGAGGGACGCUCGUCCAACCCCUCCUCCACCGGCCCCUCCCUCCCCCUUCCGCCCUAAGAGCAGCCGGCCGUAGGUCUUCUCAAGAAGCUCCUCCUCGCCGCCUCUUCCUCGGCCUCGGCGCCGCCUUCCUCGACCAGUUCGCCCGGAUGGCCUCCGGCAGCGGUGGUCACUCUUUCACCGCCUCGGCGCGGCCCGAACAAGGAGUCUCUCCCGUCGAACAGGUGCUGAAGAACGUGGAGUGGCCGGAGAAGUUUCCGUUCAAGGACGAGGAUUUCGCCCGCUUCGACGAAUCCCCAGAUUCCUUAUUCUACUCAGAACCUCGUUUUGUUACACAUAUUGAUGAUCCAGCAAUUCGUGCUCUUACCAAUUAUUAUUCAAAAGUUUUUCCUCCAAGUAAUUCUCCGGGUGUGUGUCUACUAGAUUUAUGUAGCAGCUGGGUUAGCCAUUACCCAGCAGGAUAUAGACAGGAUAGGAUUGUAGGGAUGGGUAUGAAUGAAGAAGAACUGAAGCGAAAUCCAGUUUUGACAGAAUAUAUUGUACAAGACCUAAAUGUGAACCCCAAACUUCCUUUUGAUGAUAAUACUUUUGAUGUCAUCACCAAUGUGGUUAGUGUUGACUACUUGACCAAACCUAUUGAAGUUUUCAAGGAGAUGCAGCGGAUUCUUAAGCCAGGAGGUUUGGCUAUAAUGAGUUUCUCAAACCGUUGCUUUUGGACAAAAGCCAUCUCUAUUUGGACAUCAACUGGUGAUGUUGAUCAUGCUUGGAUUGUUGGGUCCUAUUUUCAUUAUGCUGGAGGUUUUGAACCACCUGUGGCAGUUGACAUAUCUCCCAACCCCGGGCGUUCAGAUCCCAUGUAUGUUGUGUAUUCUAGAAAGCUAAAAACUGCAUAAAACCUAUAAUUUUAGAAAGGACAACUCUUAAGUUCAUGGACAGAAGAGCUUGGAAGGGUAUAAAAUUCUAACAUUUCUUUGAUGUGAUUUUCACAUAAAAAUAUCCUUUUUGUAUAAUAUUUGGUUUUCUGAUUUAUGUAAUUAACAUUUUUCUAUUGAUACUUUUUGUUGUAAUGAAUCUCUCUUUAUUUCCCA